UCUCUGAGCAUGGCUGGGAAUCAAGAUCAGUUUGAGAUCAAGUUUCGGUUGACUGAUGGUUCUGAUAUUGGCCCCAGAAGUUUUCCUGCUGCUACUAGUAUUGCAACACUGAAAGAAAGUAUACUUGCUCAGUGGCCAAAAGAUAAGGAGAACGGCCCAAGGACUGUAAAAGAUGUGAAGUUAAUUAGUGCAGGAAAAAUACUGGAGAACAACAGAACAGUGGAGGAAUGCCAGAGCCCAUUAUGUGAUGCACCCGGUACAGUUACGACGAUGCAUGUGGUUGUGCAACCGCCUACUAUGGAGAAAGAGAAGAAAGGUGCAAGCGAAUCAACACAGAAGAAAUGUGGUUGUGUUAUUUUAUAGCAUCCAGAUUGAAUAGCAAUAGCAGAUGUCACCUUUCUUAAGUGGUUAGGGUUUACACUUCAUUUUUACCUAAGCUGUGGCUUUCAAAGAUUUCCUCAUACACAAAUCCUUUGGUUGCAUGCCUCAUUCUUACUACAGGCAAAGAGUACUUAACUUGGUGAAGAUUGUGUGAAGCUUGUAGUUCCCUGAUUUCUCUGUGGCGGUAAAUUCCUUACACAAUUUUCAUAGGAGUUGUUUUUGUGCUGGUCUCAAGUCUCAACAUCUAGGCAUUGCCUCAUCAGCCACUUGGUAUAAUUGUUGAUUGAAAUGAACUCUCUACUAGUUUGCCAUCUGGUUCCUGAUAUACAUAUUUUCAAAUUCUUCUCAGCCCUGUGCCUGAUGUAAAAUGGUUCCAGUCAUAAAUGUUUUGAAUAUUUUAAUGUGCUUUGAUUUGCUUAUUGUUUAUAUGGUACCAUUGCUACUCUUGUAUAGCAGUUGUGACGAUAGUGGUUUAACUACAUCUCUCUAAUAAAAUGGAGGUUUGAUGCUUGAAUUCA